UAUAUUAUGGCAAGAUUGAAACCUAGCGUUGCAGACAAUUUGUUCUUUACGUCACAACCCAUUACUAAAAUUGCCACAGCAUUUGAUUCUAAAGAUUUGAAUGGCUUUUCCUAAGCUGUCUUUACUACCGUGUCGCUCAAUUUGAGAACUUUGAAUCAAUCUGUCCAUACGCAGGUAUUAAGUAAACAAAUAACCAUAAAAAAAAUGGACCCAGACACAUCAAAACCAGGUCUCUUCAAUGCCAAACAGCUUUUAUAACUAAAUUGGCUUCAAAUAUUGAAUACCCACGUGGAUUGCAUUGCAGGUGGAUUACUUUAUGAAUUAGUAAUUGCCUUUGGCCACAUUGUUUCCUAUUAAUCUGUUGGAUUUCCGCUUUUGGAGAAUUCAUUUCACGAGUCCUCAUAUUUUCAAUGGAAGUACGCUUUUUUUUAGGACUUGAAAUCUGAACAAUACCAGGGAAUGGACAGUCACAACAACAGGGCAGGUGGCAAGAAGAAAAAGAAGAGAGGGGAGAAGCAGAAGAAAUAUAAUGGGGAAAGUGGUGUACAGUCUUUUGCGGGGGGCAUUUCAUCUGGGGAACAAGCCUUAGAACUCGGGGAUAAUAAUACUAAACCGGAGACAAAUUUUGAUGUUGCUUUAGGGUUAUCAGGUGGCAAUGAGGAUUUGGAGUCCCAGGGUAGGGGCAGGGAAGGAGUUGUCGUGAUGGAGCCUCAACCAUCUGAUGAUGCGGAGAAUCAGAAUUUGGUAGUGGAUGAUCUUUCCAAGGAUGCAACGGCAUCCCAUAGGUGCAACGAGUGUGUUAAUCCUGCGUCCGAUGAAGAGAAGGUCUACAAUAAUUGUAAUAUUCCAGGGGAAGGGGAAUCGGGGAAUGCUAUUAGUCUCCCUCAUGUCUCCUCAGAGUUGGCCGACAAUAAGGAACUGUCUUUGGCUGAGGGGGUAUGCAUCAACAUUGGCACUGUUCAAGAUUUUGUACCUAAACAGGAGGAAGCCAUAGGGAAUUCAUCUGCUUCUGGUCUGGCCAAUGAUGAAGAAAACAUGUCAUCUAGUUUCAAUGCUUUGCAUGAACAAGCAAAAGGAAUGUUAUCUCCAAAGGGGAUCAAUUUUGAGCUUGCUAAUUCCAAGAUAAGCCCUGCACACGAUUCUGAAGACUCAAGUGCGAAAUUGUUUGAAGGUUCAGACUUGGGAGAUAAUAUGGAAGAGAAAAUCCCAGACAGAGACAAGUUGUCUUUGGAAACACAGGGUGGUGAAUCAAGUGACAAGCAAGUUGCACAUGAUUCCGAAGACUCAAGUGCUGAAUUGUCUGAAGGCACUUUUCAAGAUCUGGAAGACAAUACAGAGGAGAAAAUCUCUGCCGGAUACAAGUUGGCUUCCAAAAUACAGGUAGUUGCAACUUCAGAUUUGGAUUUGCAACAAAAUGUAAUUGAAGAACUACAAGGACCUCGACAGGUUAGCGUGGACAAGCCUCCUACAUCUUUUUCAGUUGGCAAGUUGCAAUCUUCAUUUGGGAACUCUCUGCAUUUUUUUAAAGAUGGGAGAAACAGGAAAACGAGUGUUGACGAGUCAUUUGUUGAUGCCCUAGACCAGCUGACAGAAAGUAGAACCACAAGUUUGGAAGAAUCGGCGUUUGUGAUGGAGAAUGAUCUUCUCGAUAAGGAACAGAUUCUAAUUGAAUUUCAUGCAUGCAAGGAUGCUCUUUUGCAAGCAAAUGAAGAGAAGAUGCAGUUUAUUUCCAAGCUGAAUUCCUAUCAGAUGCAGGUAGAGAAGCUUAAAGAGGAGAAACUUAGCUUAGCAGUCAAAUUUCAGGAUGCGGCUGGUGCUGCAGUGCUUGAGAAUAAAUCUCUUUUAGAACAAGAGCCUUUAGAGCAGGUACUUGAUGGAUGGCAACAAGAAAAGUCAGAAAUGGCCAAUGCAUCGGAGGAGUUGAGAUCCAAGCUCCAAGCUGAAGCUGAACAAAGAGCACGCCUUUCGCAUGAAUUGGAAACUACACAGCAGAAACUACAUGAAGUCAGUGAAGAGAGAGAUGUUCUUGCCAGUGAUUUGGGGGAAAAAGUUACCAACAUAGAAGACAUGAUAAGACAAAGGGGUUUGUUGGAAGAAAAGCUUCAAAUUUCCCAAUUUGAUGGCAACAAGUUGGCAAAAAAAGUGAAUCAAUCUGCAGUCAUUUUUAGCGCUCUGCAACAGAAACUAGAGGAUAUUGAAACAGAGAAUGCAGCAACCUUGUCUAAAAUGUCGGUAGAUAUGGGGUUGAUGACUGAAGUACAAGAAGGUCAAAAUUCUCUUGAAGCUGAAGUUUUAACUUUUGCCAAGGAAGUAAAUGGCACUGAAGAGGAUGUUCAAACGAUGGAAAUGCUUGGAAGUCAAGAACAGAUCCUCAGCGAUGAAAAUCACAAGACUCUUCUGACUAAACUUGAUCAGUAUUCAAGAAAUAGGAACAAGGAAGCACAUGAGAGUCAGCUAGUGAGAAAAGAAUUGGCUCAACUGAAACUUAUUCUGGAUGAAGCUAACAAAACUAAAGAACAGAUUAUAAGAGAUUAUGAUUCGUAUAAGCUGGAAACUGGUUCUGCAAUUUUUUUAAAGCAGCAAUAUGAAGCAGAAGUUAUGAAAUCAAGACAGCAGAUAGAUGAACUCAAUCUUCAAAUAUUACAUCUCAAAGAUGAAUUGAAUGAGUUAAAGGAUGAAAAUUUGAAACUUACUGGUGAAUUUGAUGAAUGCAAGUUAUUGGGAGAAAAAGUAGAAAUUGAGAGAGCAGACCUAUCCAAUGAUCUUCAUUUGGUAAGAAUGGAAUUGGAGCAAAUGAGAAGAGAAGCUGAGUUCCAUAAAACACUGGAAAAAGAGAGGAAUCAACUUAUAGAGGAGAACAACAAACUUGCUGUGGAGCUGCAAAAUUGCAAGGAAUGGUCAUCCAAGAUGCAUAGUGAACAAUUAGAACACAAUAAUUGUUUGAAAGGUGUCAUACUUCAGCUUCAUAAAGCUACGCAUGAAAGUAUGCAUCUCACAGGCAAUCUGCACAAACAUACACAUUUGUUAGCAGAGGUUUCAGCACCAUUGCAAAGCCAAGCAGAUUUAUUGCCCAGAGAAUGUAGUGUCCAAGAGAAUUCAUUAGUAGGUGCUCCUGAUGACAUUAAAUCUGUAAUGCAUCAUGCAGUAGAAACUCUAGAGGAAAGCAUUCGACCAUCUGAGUGUAACAGCGAGUCGCAUAUCUUGAAUAUUGAUUCGGAGCUUGCUGCUGCUGUGAGUGCAACAAUAAAAAAUCUUGCAGAAUUUAGAAUCUUGCAGGACGAGAGAGUUUCAGCUGUUAGGGAACUUACUAGUACAUGCGGUCAUCUUAAAAAGCUGGUCCAGCUGCAAGAUAGGAUGAGUGAAGGCAGUGAAGGGCUGCUUAAUCAUCUACGGGAUGCGGAUGGUAAUGAAGAUGGAGAGAAUAUGCAGACUCCAAUGGCCUUGAAUAUCCUUGUUGAUGACUGUGGCAAGUUUGUCAAACAGUUGCAGGAAGGAUUAAGUGAGAGAUCACAGCAUGAAGCGACUAUAAGGGAACUUGAAUCUGCUUUGUUUAUCAAGGAUAAAGAUAUAAAAGAUAUCAAUGGCAAGUAUGUUGAACUUUCUCUAAAGUGUGGUCAAAUUGAAGAAAUUAGUGGGAAGUGCACAAUCCUUGAUGAGAAAUGUGCAAAUAUGGAAAAACAGAUAGCUCAACUUGCAGAUGAAAGGGAUUCUCUACAUUUGGAGGUAGAUGCUCUUCAAAAAUCUCUUCUCGAAAAGGAUAUGCUGAUGAAAACAUCUGCAGGUUCUUAUGAUGACUUGAAAUGCCAAUUUGAUAUGGCCAUUGAGAAGCUAAUAGCUUUCAUUGAGGAGACCAUUCAAGAUGAGAUGUUGGUGGCCGAUCCUUGCAGUCAGAGAAUAUCUUAUCUUGAGACAAGCCUUCUUUUGCUGAUUAAGAAGUAUAAGGCAUCUCUUCACCAAGUUAAUCUGUUUCAAAAAAGUUUAUUUGAACUUGCGUCCAGUUACGGGUUCUCAUGGGAGAAUGAGCCUACAAUGCCUUUGGACGGGAUUCUCAGGGAAUUCUUCAGCUGCAAAGAGAAGGAAUUGACACACUCAUAUGAAAAAUUAGAUGAAAUGACAUCAAUCAAAAACCAGCAAGAAGCUGAAAUUAGGGAACUCAGGGAUGCCUUAUGCAAAACUGAAGAGAAUCUUAAAGAAGUAAAACUUGAAAGCUGCAAAUUCAGAAAUGAUCUUGACCAGAUAGAAACCAAAUUGUCAUCUGUUAGAGAAAAGCUUAGUUUGGCUGUCUCCAAAGGUAAAGGAUUGGUUCAGCAACGAGAUGCACUAAAACAAUCCUUAAUAGACAAAUCAAAUGAACUAGAAAAAUGCCUGCAAGAGUGGCAAAUGAAAAAUGAUGCAUUGCAUGCAGAUGAAAUGAAGGCUUCUGAGCGUGUGAAGGCAUUGGAGCCAGAGUUAGCAGAUGUUAAGAAUUCUGUGAAUAAUUUUCAACAAUCAUCUUCAGUCAUUCAAAAAAUUGAAAAUUUGGAGGAGGUGAAUUUUCCAGAAGACCUCCGCCCAAAAGAAUUAAUUGAUAAAAUUGAAUGGCUUGCAAGAACUUCUGCUGAAGAGAAUGCUUCAUACUCAAGUAGUAGGGAUUGGAAAAUAUCUGAAGGGAGUGAUACUAAUGUUGCAGAUUAUAAGUCACCUGAAACAAUUAUGGAUGGUGAAAUGAUUAAAGAGAGCAAUGGUGAUGAUCUAAAAACCAAGUUUGAGGAGCUGCAGGAUAAAUACCGUAGCCUAGUUGAACAAUUGGGUAUGAUGGAGCAGUCCUUGUCUGAAAGGGAUAAUCUUAUCCAAAGAUGGGAAUCGCUGCUUAAUAGUAUUGACCUACCAGCAUCAUUGCAAUCCUUUGAAGUGGAGUCUAAGAUUGAGUGGCUUUGCAGGGCACUUAGUCAGGCCCAGCAAGAUGUUGCUCAUUUUGAACAUGAAAUUGAGAAUCUUAAGAAUUUUUCUAAUAUAACUACCUUUGAACUAGAGGAGUCAAAAAGGAGAAUAAUUAGCCUAGAAGAAAAUCUUUUAAAGGAAAAACAAGAAAAAGAGGUUUUUUUGAAAAAUAUCGAAGAGCUUAAUUGCAAAUAUGAGAGUUCAACUCUGGAAGCAUCCCAGAAAGAGAGUUCAUGUAAGGAACUCGUUGAUCGGCAAGUUGAGGUAUUUGAAUGUGGAGCUCCUCUAGAACACAAUGUUGUUGAUAAAAACUCAGCUGCAGAAGAUUGUAUUAGGAGAAUAGUGGAUAUUGUCAGUGAAACAAUGAACAAUCAUGACUUUGAAGAGUUAUCGUCCAAUUGUAACAAUGAGGAGGAUUUGGAAGGAUGUGUCAGGAAGCUUAUAAAUAAAAUAAAUACAUUGUCUGAAGAAGUCAAGAUGCUCAAGGAAGCAGACAAUGCAAAGACAGAGGAACUGCAAAGUCUUCAAGCUGUUUUAGAUGAAAAAAGUAUGAUUUUAACCGAAAUGAAUGAAAAGCAAGAAAAUGCCUCUUCAACAGUAGCAUCACAUAGAGCAGAGAUAGACAGUCUGAUGGAGCAAAAUAGAAUAAUGAGCAACGAAUUAGUGACAAUAAAAGAUCAAAAGGAUGCUCUGAAGGUGCAGCUUGAGGAGGCAGAAGAGAGAUCAGCAUUAAUAAGAGAAAAACUGACUAUGGCGGUCAAAAAAGGGAAAGGUUUAGUUCAGCAGCGAGACAACCUGAAACAGUCCAUGGAUGAAAAACUAUCAGAACUUGAGCAUUUGAAAGCAGAGUUACAGGCACGUGAAUUGGCUUUAAAUGAGCAUAAAGAGAGAAUCGGAAACAUGUCUAUUGAGUUGGAGCAUUUUGAAAGUGAAAAAAUAGAUAUCAUUUCCUUAAGGAAACGCUGUACCGAGCUAGAAAAGUCAUUACUUGACAGCAACAAUAUGAUGCAAAGACUAAUGAAUUCUGUAGAGGCUAUUGAGUUUCCAGUUGAAGUUUCAUCAAGGGAUCCAAUAGGGAAGAUUGAAUGGCUUGAUGAAUCACUUCAUCAGCUACGACAGAAGAUAAGUAUUGCUGAAGAAGAAGCUAAGAAUUGCAAAGGAGAAGCUGAUAUAUUUGCUACAAAACUGGAUAAGGCUUGUGAAACUAUCUGUAACCGUGAGGAUGAGCUAAGCAAUUCAGAAAACAAGAUCUCAAUGCUUACAAUUGAAAUAAAGGCAAAAGAAGCUGAAAGCAGCCAUGAGAUACAAGCAAUCAAGGAUGUGCUUGCAGCACGUACAGUAGAGUUAAAUGAAGUCCAUAUCAGAGUAGACGACCAGAUUUCUGAAUUGUCAAAACAACAUGCUUUGUUGAGAAUUUUGAAGAAAGAAUAUGGAUGCUUACUCUCUUUACUGGCAAAUGAUUUCCCAAAGAAGCUGAAUAUUUUGAGAAGUAUGGAGCUCUCUUUUCAAGACAUAUUAAGUCAACUUGAUUCUUUAAAAGGAAUAAAGUUGCCUGGUACAAAAAUUGGCAAUCAACAGACUUCUGCUACUGUGGAGUUCUAUCAAGAGGGAAAGCUUCUGAACAAUGGAGCAGUUGUAGAAACAUACACAGAAGAGUAUGUGGAUUAUUUGUUACAUGAUAAUAACUUACAUGGUGGACGGAUUGUUGAUGAGCUUGUAAGCUAUCUGGGAUGUGGGUUGAAUUCAUGCACAGAACAACUUGAAUUUAUCAAAGACAGAUUUGGACUGUACUGUAAUGCUGUUGAACAGGGGACCACAGUCUUGUCACAGUUACUGCAGUGUACCAGAGGAGAUGUUGUUUUUCUGGUUGAAUCUUUGGAGUCCCUAAAGCAAAAUGUUGCCAGUCUUGAAGCUCUUAAUAAAGAAAAGGAUAAUGAGAUUCUCUUGUUAAAUGACAACUUUGCCACAUUGGUUAAUGUAUGUAAAAAUGCUAUGGAAGAACUUCAAGAUUUGAAACUUCAGAUCAUUUCAGAUAGUACAAGUUCUGGGGAAGAAGUAGCAAAAUCUGGCAGCAAUUAUCCAGCAUCAGAAAAUUCUCAUGUUAUGGAAUUGGCAGGGCAUGACAACUUAACUUUUCCAGGUGAAUGUGUGAAGACAGCUGAAAACUUAUCGUUCAUUAUCAAAGAUGUUGCAAAUGCAGCAAAUGAGAAUUCUAAACGUAACCAAAGGGAAGUUAGCAAUCUGAAGUCUAAAUGUCAGAAUGCAGAGAUGGAGGCUGAACAAUUAAGAGGCUGUAAGGAAUUAGAGAGUAAAUUAGUGAGGGUUGAAGCUGUUGCAGACGACAUUGCAAGAGAAAGGGAUGUUGCUAAAGCAAGAAUUUGUGAGUUAGAAAGCUAUGUUGCUUCUUUGGAGAAUAAUAAUCAUGCAUUGGAAUCACAUGUAAAGGAAUUCCAGACAUGUGAGGCCUCAAUGAGGGCAAGGCAAGAAGAGCUUGCAACACUGCAUGAUGGAUUAUCAACCAAAAACCAAGAACUGGAAGACCUUCACAAGCAGGUGCAGGAACUGGAAAAUAAUUGCCAACAGAAACAUGCAGCCUUGGAGAGUUUGGAAUCAUCUCAGGGGAAAUCAUUGUCUGAACUGUCUGACAUGCGCAGUAGAUUUGAAGAGUUACGCCAACUAUCAGAAGGUCUAGUUGGUGAGGUAGAGAAUUUGCAUUUGCAAUUGGAAAGUCGUGAUGAGGAGAUAACCCAGUUAAAGGAUGAAGCCAUAAAAUCAACUCAUGACAUUCUAGCUUUGCUAGAGAACAUUAUUACAAAAUUAGGAUUGGAUCCUAUGCUCCUUGAACCGAAAGGAGAAAGCCAAAUGCAAGCAUUGUUUUACACCUUAGAUGAAAAAGUUUCUGGUAUUAUAUCUGAAUCAGAAAGUUCCAGAGCAGAUGCACAAACUAAAGAUCUCUUGUUACAGAGUACUCAAAACAGUGUAGAAGAGUUGUCUGACAAGGUUGAAAGGCUUGAGGCUUCCCUUCGUGAAAAAGAAACUCAGUUUGAAAUUUUUCAGCUGGAAAAGCAUCCCCAGCCAGUAGUUGAUGCUACAGAAGUGUCUGAAAUUGAAGAACUGGGACAAUCAAGUAAGACCCCACUUUUAUCAGUUCCUGUUGCACCUCAUGUCCGUAGUACACGCAAGGCAUCCAGCAAUCAUCUUGCACUUGACAUAGAUGUGGAAUCUGAUGCAUUGGCAUUUGACAGAGAGGACCACGAUAAAGGUCAUGCAUUCAAGUCACUGACAACAACUGGUUUUAUUCCAAAAUCUACUCAACCAGUAGCAGACUGGAUUGAUGGGAUUUGGGUUUCAGGUGGGCGUAUUCUGAUGCGACAGCCCACGGCAAGGAUGGGUCUUAUAGUUUAUUGGCUUACACUACAUCUUUGGAUUGUUGCAAUGGUGUUGUAACAGUAGUUUUUGAUGAAUGAGUUUCGCUGGAUAUUCCAGUGGCAAUGUUGAGGUUCUAAUAUUUACGGUAUAUUUUGCUUGAAAAGAUUUUGAUACAUCAGCAAGGAAAAUUGCUAGUGUAAUUUUUCCCAGAAUUGAUGACAGUACCUACUGUAAAUUUUUCUGGCAAGUAUAUUUCAGCAUUUAUUUGUCAAUCCACGAUUCUUUUAUGCUCGUGUACUAGUGAUAACAGAACACAAAUUCUUUAUUUUGUUUUUGUAAGGGAUUUGGUUGUAUUAGAUAUAUAUGGAUAAUAAAUUGUGGCACAAAUGCCAUUUUAAACUC